AUGGACCCUCAGACUCAGCUGGAGCUCUCUAAGCUCAACGAUGCCGAUAAGAAGGAGCUCAAUCAGAUCCUAGCCAAUGAGGCGCAGAAGUCCAACAUCCAGCAGAUGGUUCACCAGCUUAACGACGUUUGCUGGAAGAAGUGCGUCACCGGCAGAAUCACCUCCAAGACUCUCGACCGCAACGAAGAGGCCUGCGCAGCUAACUGCGUUGACCGCUGGAUGGACACUCAAAUGGGUAUCCUAAAGCAACUCGAGAACAUGCGUGGUCACUAA